UGAAAGACGAAGCUCUGCCCCUUUUCGGAGUUUGUUCAACGUCCCAUCCCUGCCUGAGUUGCCGUGAUGCGUCCUAAUUGAGUUCGGUUCUGUUUUUCUGCCGCGCGUCCUGUCGUCGCGGCUCCCCUCGGUCUCUGUCGCCGAGGAGAGUGGAGUGGGCAGCCGGCGGAGGGACGAGUCGACGGAGGAGCGAAUGAGGACGUGCGGGCGUCAUGCUGACUGAGCAGCAGGCGCGGCAGCUGGUUAUCGGGUGUGCGAGCAAGAAGGAUGCCUUCGAGGGCGGCCGCGACGUCAACAUCAACAGGCCUCUGCGCAUCGGGCUGCGGAAUGAGGGCAACUCCUGCUACCUCAACGCCCUCCUCCAGUGCCUCUUCCACUGCUUCCACCUCGUGCGCUACUUCUUGUCCAAGCGCCACUCGAGCACCUGCCCGGCCUACCAGCAGUACGCGCCCGGCGGAGGGAAAGAGUGGUGCCAUAAGUACCCCAACGACUGCCUCCUGUGCAUGGCGGAGCGGCUGUGCAUCUACCUCUACGACGGCGGCAACCCGCACAACCACCAGUGGUCCUUCGGGCCCUCGGAGCGCGCCUUUGGCUUCACCACCCGGAACGCCCUGAGCAUGAUCAACCCGCAGUUCAUCCCCGGGCUGCAGCAGGAUGCGCACGAGUGCUUCAUGGGCCUGUGCGACAGCUGGGUGAGGUCGCUGUACUGCGGCCACGAGGAGAAGGACAUUCCCGCCGCCCUGCGGACGGCCACCCACCUGCACCAGCUCAUCGGGGGCGUCACCAUCAGCCGCGUCACCUGCUCAGGGUGCAAGCGGGUGACGGAACAGCGUGAGCCGCAGUUCCACAUCUCCAUCGACCUCGCCCCGCCCCACCACGUGGGCUGCCUGGCCGACGGCAUCCGCAACUUCUGCCGCCCCGAGACGAUCGACGACUACGCAUGCGAGAGGUGCAAGGCCAAGCGGGUGGCCAUGCGGCAGUUCGCCUUCAGCGACUUCCGCCCCAUCAUCUGCUUCGCCCUCAAGCGCUUCCCCUGGGGAGCCAACACCUGGAAGAUCAACACACCCGUCCGCUGCCCCAUCGACCUCACCAUUGCCACCGAGCAGGGCAACCUUCCCUACCGAUUCGCCGCCGCCACCCUCCACCACGGCCGAAGCGUACGGGCGGGGCACUACACGGCCGUCACCAAGACCUUCAGGAUCGAGGCCGGCCGGGAGGUGCCGCGGGGCGGUAUCGAGGCCGACGACAGCCACAUCAGCUCGCUGGGCAACGACCAGGCCCUGCGCGACCGGGUCAACCGGCCGUAUUUCGAGAGCGACGUGUACAUGGCCUUCUACGAGCGGGCGGGGGGAGCGGGGGCCAAGGGCGGGGCAGGUGUGGGGGCUGGCCUGGCCAACGGGCACAACCACGAGGGGCCGUCGCCCACCAGCACGGGCACCACCACCGCCAGCAGCUCCGUCAACGGUGACGUCAGCAACGGCAACGGCGUGCCGUGGUGCGAGCCGCCACCUGCCGCUGCUGCUGCUGCUGCUGCGGCUGCCGCUGCUUCUGCAUCAUCCACCCGUGUCAACGGCGUGUUGUCGAACGGCCGCAGCAACCACCCCCCACCAUCCCCACCAUCCCGCGCCCCCGAUCGGGCACCCGCCCACCUCUACAACGUCAACAGGGCGGACAAGAGGGUCACGGGCACCGGCUGCAAGAAUAGCCAGAGGCAGAUCAAGAUAGUCCUCGGACAAAACAGACCCAAGACGUAAGUAUGGGAGGGAGCGGAGGGGAGGGGAGGGAGCUCCACGUGGUGGUCGGUAUCAAGUGUUCUCUCUCUUUCUGACUGCUGCUGUUGUUGUUGUUAUUGUGUUUGUCUGUGAGUGCAGGUCUUUUAUGAGCUUCAUGGAUGAGCUGGCCCCCUCAGACCCCUCAGCAUCGCAGUCCGCGUCUGCAUCUGCAUCUGCGGCUCGGCCCCAACCGUCACCCCACCCCCCCCAGCACCCUCCCUCCAAAGCAGCAGCCAAGGCCAAGAGCACUACCGACGUCAACGACGACAAGAAGCAGGCCCCCCUCGCAUGCCUCGCUGGGGUGGGCAAGACCUCAAACAAGUUCGCAGCCCCCCGCACCAUCCCGCCCUCCACCUCCCACCCCACCAAACCCCCUGCCAAGCCAAAGGUGCCGCAACCCAAGGCCACGGCGCCGGCGCCAUCGGCACCGACAGUCGCCGCUGCUGCUGCCUCUGCGAGUGCGGGUGCGAGUGUCAGUGCCCCGUCGGUUGUGUGCCGGCCGCCCGUCAGCCCAUCCAGGGAGAGGAACAUCCAGAACCUCCAGCAGUUUGUCGGAGACUAUGGCGACGACGACAACGGCGACACAUCUGACGAGAAGAUGGAGACCCCCGUGUGCCCAGUGGGGGACACGGCAACGGACGAGGGCAGCAAGGAGGGGGGCGGUGGGGGCAGCGUUGGUGCUGCAGCACCAGCAGUGGCUCCUGGUGGUGCGGGUGCCGGUGGUGACGUCGAGAUGCGGGAUGGUGGUGGUGAUCGGGGGGAGGAGCCGGCCGGGGGCAGCAUCGGGGGCACCGGCACUCGUACGUCGAUAUUUGCGGGGUUUGGGCCGAGGGAUGGAGGGGCUCCCAUGGAUAGGACCGUCUCUAUCGAUAACGCUAGCGCAUCGCACCCCAAUAGGGUGAGCAGACCACCCAACUCAGCAACUCAACUCGCCACACCUGCUGUGCUGCAUCUGUUUGCUUCUUUCAGGCCACCUCGUCAUUGUCGUUGUCGUAUCCCCAGCCCCAGUCUCAGCCCCUCUUGCCCAUCGUCACCCAGACGCUGGCCGCCUCCAUCCGCCGCACCAUCAACCCAUCGGCGUCGACAUCCACCGAUCGGCCAUUCGGGGUGGAGCUCACCGACGGGGAGGCGAGCGGCCUGGUGGGGCAUGUGGAGAGUGUGCUGGGGGCUGCAGCUGGCGCCGGUAGCGUGCGGGCGGCUGUCUGUGGUCACAAGCGGACUCGGGAGGAGGAGAUUGCAGGUGGUGGUGAUGGAUCUGAUGUCAACAAGAGGCAGCGGACGAACGGGGGUGGCAGCGGCGGCGGGUAGGGUGUACAGGUGCAGUGAGUGCAGCAGGAGCCGCUUUCUCGAUGGACUGGAUACAUCGAUGGUCGGUCGAUUUGUUGUAUGUAUGCCUGGUUUUGAUUUGAUGAAUGCAUCCGUUGGUUCAUUGGUUGAUGGGAUGCAUUCAUUGAUUGGAUUGAUUGAUGUGUGAGAGAGAGGUGAGGUGGUCUGUUGGUGCGCAUGGCAUGGAUACAUGUGUGUGUGUGUGGGUGUGUGAAGGAAUGCAUUGGGUACGGUGUGAUCUUGGCUGGUUGGUUGGUUGGCUGGCUAUCGUAUCCUAAGCAAAAGGAGACAGACGUUGAUGUCUGGCUGGCUGUCUGUCUGGCAGCGAGGUCACAUAUCGAUUACCAUAGCACACCACAUCCUCAUCCACAUCAUCACAGACAGCAGCAGCAAGAGCACCAUGCACACACACAGACAGGCAGGCUCCCUCCCUC